GUGGUUCUCAGCUGCUCUCGAUCUGUAUGAUGAAAAGGCACUUCCGGUAAGUAGUGCGUCCCGUCAGAGUAGACAACGCGUACUGCAGAGAGUCGAGAUGGCCGGUCGUCGUGUUGCCCUGAAGGCUAUUGACUGGGUGGCGUUCGCUGAGCGGGUCCCACCCAACCAGCGGGGCAUGUUCAACGCACUGAAGACACGGAGUGAUGCCAUCGCUGCCAAACUAACCUCUCUGCCGGAUACUCCUGUAACCAUUGACUGGAGCUACUACAAGAGUGCAGUGGCUAAAGCCGGGAUGGUCGAUGAGUUUGAGAAGAAGUUCAAAGCACUGCAGAUCCCUGAACCCACCGACACACAGACGAGUGCCAUCAACUCACAGGAGUCUGAGGCUAACAAAGGUGCUUUGGCCUACAUUGAAGGAUCAAAAGCUCGCAUCGCUCAGUAUGACAAAGAGCUCGACAAAUUUAAGAACAUGAUCCCCUUCGAUCAAAUGACCAUUGAAGACCUCAAUGACACCUUCCCUGAAACCAAGUUGGACAAGGUCAAGUACCCUUACUGGCCCCACAAGCCCAUUGCAGAGCUGUAAUCCUGUCACUGGAUCCUUCACUUCACAAUAAAAACUAUGUAUUUUAAAAGAUAAAUGUUUUGUGCCUUCAUUAUUUGAUAGAUUUAUGUUAACCAUAUGCAUUGCAUGUUUGGCCACUAGGGUG